AUAAAUUCAUUAAACCAACAUUUUCUCAGUCAUAUUGAUUUCCUGGGACAUCAAUCGUCGGAUUGCAAUUUGCUGUUUCUAGACUCUAGACCAGCUCGGCGAGUGGAAUAAUGGAUCGAUCAUCUGACGGAUCCAAGUUUAUUGAAGGUCGUGUGAAAAUUGGGAGAAAACGCUAUCGGUUCUCUGCGGAGAAAUUUCUUUGUUUUUCUGAUGACUCAGAUGACGAGCCACCCAUCCAAAUUAGUGGAAAGCCUGCUUCAACUGCUAAGCCAACUUCGGGUUCACCACAACACCAUCCACAACCCAUUGAACAAGCCACCACCAAUCCAAGCGUAACAAGCUCGUUGAUCAACCAACAUAAUAGGGUUGGCAACAAUCAAGGUCAUCGUUCACCAAGCCCUACUUCAUCGCCUCAGCUAUCAAGUCCACCGCCAUCCACUAUGGUGGAUAGCUUGUCAACACACUCCGAAUCUUCUCGUAGUAAUAUUUUCGAGACGACAAGAAAUACUUCUCAUAGGCAGCAAGGGCUUGAUUUGGUCGAGGAUGAUGUGGCGGGGACCCUUCAAGUGGAUCGCGCUCUUGAAAAGUCUGUCAAGAUGAAAAGAGUUUGGACUGGAUCCACUCCCUGGAGCCCAUUUCAGCUGGAUUGUAGCUGUUUGACGGUAACAUGUGAUGGUUUUAGUUCGAAGUUCAAGAGACAACGUGUUGGAGCGUCUUCAGGACGGUUUUCAUGGUUCAAGAUAAACACAUCGAAGCCAACUGACGCAGAGAUGGUGUACAGCAAAGCCAGACGCAAUGGAUUGUCUAUUCGUGAAUUGGAGCACGACGCCAUUCCAUCCAAGCUGAGCGAGUUUGCAUUUCACUUCUACACUUUCGCCGUAUCCGACGAGGAUGUUUCAAAGGUCAAUAGAUUGAUUGAUGAAGACUUUGUUGGAGCUUUCAACGCGGAUACUCUACUCAAGAAUCCAGCACAGUCGUUUUUCUUCCACAACAUCGACCAAAAGGACGUCAUUGCAUUGUGUGCUCUUGCAACACACUACAACCUUCACAGCGUCGUGCCGCCACUCCCGCCGAUGCAGCUCCUCGAGAAUGAUCAGAAUAUUUUGGAAGUUAUUGAUAAUCAGACAACUAUGCAACACUUGGAAAACUACUUGUCUAAAAAAGCGAUGGAACAUCUUGCUCGUCUCAAGACUGAAUUGGAGCACUUGUGAACUUCUAUUCUACGUGUAUUAUGUGUUUUAAGAGCAAAUAAAUAGUUUAUCACAA